CCAAUCAGAACGCGACAAUUGUGGUGUAGGCUUCCAUCAUGGACAGUGGUAGACAUUCGAAAAAUUGCACCGAUGUAUUACGAUUAUCUCCGAAGCACAUUACCGGACAGUACUGACGAGGACUGGGCUAGAAGUGAUGAGGCUCCAAGAUAUUUACCCCAAAUUUACAAGAAACCUGAGGAACGUUAUAUUUCAUACCUGUUUCCCAUUGGACAUUCAGAAGGUAGGAUAUCAAAUGAAGGUACCAUUUCAAAUCGAACAUCCAAGUCAUCGAAAAUGAGGGUGAAACAUGACGAAACCGUGACUCAGAGAUUUCUCGCGAAUAUUCGGGAACGCCAACGAACUCAAUCGCUGAAUAGGGCCUUCGCCGAUCUCCGACAUAUUAUUCCCACUCUUCCCUCAGACAAACUGAGCAAAAUUCAGACUCUUCGUCUAGCUACUCAAUAUAUUAGUUUUCUAUCAAAUCUCCUUAACGAAACUCAAGAUCCCUACCACCCCGGUUUGCAGAUAAAUCAGUCGAGAAAUUUUGAAUCAACUCCUCAUUCGAAUGGUUGGCUUAAAGAUGACCGAUCUCCCACUGAAGCCAUUAACACUAUCGAAGAUAUCCACAAAGACGUGAUACUACCAGGUGGAUUUAAUUCGAAUUUCUCUCCUUGGAGAACAAGACUUGACUAA